UUUACUUGAAAGGGCGUUUUAAAUCUGUUGGCCUACAGCAUAUUGGUAUAUUUUACUUUUUGUUUUUCAUGCUCAUGAUAGCCUACACUUUCUAAAUACUGACACAUCAAAUUUGUGGAUUACCGUUCCCGAUUGUAAAGCAACAUUGUAGUGUAUCAUUAGUCGUUAAAUAUACUUUAUACAUGUGUAUUGAUGAACGAUCUGGCCUUAAAAGGCAAUGUACUCUUAUACUAUCCACCCAGCAAGAAGAGGUAUGGUAAGCCCCCGGAGCCCGGCUCCUCUCUAGGUUUCUUCAUAGGGAGUUUUUAUUCGCCACUGCCCAUCAUAUUAUUUCUUUCUCUUUGGGGUCUUAAGUUUGAUGUCUGUGUCUAAAGAUUGCAACGAUGAAUCCUCAACAGCGGAUUGCCGCUAUCGGAACAGACAAGGAAUUGAGUGACUUGCUGGAUUUUAGCGCGAUGUUUUCUCCACCUGUAAAUAGUGGGAAAAACAGGCCAACCACCCUUGGAAGCAGCCAGUUCAGUGCUCCAGGUAUGGAUGACAGGCCGAGCCAGGCAGCGUCCUCCUGGGCCCCAGGUGGCCAGUCACCCAGUCCCUCCUACGAGUCCUCCAGGGGUUUUGCAGACAGCCCUCAUUAUGGUGAUCACAUGAGUGACAGUCGAUUAGUGUCCCAUGAAGGAUUGUCUCCAACACCUUUUAUGAACUCCAGCAUAAUGGGUAAAUCGUCAGAGAGGACUCAGUUUCCAGCCUUUGGGAGAGAGCCUGGUGUCUCUGGCUGUCAGGCCAAUCUGCGGCCUGACAUUGGGAUGGCGAGUCCUGGGCCUGUGACCACAUCUGGGAAAACCGCUGCUCCCUUCUACCCUCCUUUCAGUGGGGCCAACCCCAGGAGACGCCCCCUACCGGACUCCACCCCCAUAGAUCCUCUUCAAACAAAGAAGGUUCGCAAGGUCCCUCCUGGCCUGCCCUCAUCUGUGUAUGCACCGUCUUCCAACGCCACAGAAGACUUCAACAGAGAUUCCCCCUCCUUCACCUCUCCCAAACCCCCCAGCAGCAUGUUUGCGAGCACUUUCUUUGAUGGAGCACACAACUCCUCUGACCUGUGGAAUUCUUCCAAUGGGAUCAGCCAGCCCAGCUAUGGAGGAAUGCUGGGAGGAUCUUCAUCUCACAUGCCCCAGUCGGGGAACUACAGCAACAUGCACUCACAUGACCGCCUGAAUUACCCUCCACACUCCGUAUCUCCAACAGACAUCAACGGCAGUCUUCCUCCGAUGUCCAGCUUCCACCGCAGCAGCGCCAGCUCCUCCCCAUUCGUUAACCCAACACACACCCCGCCCGUCAACACCAGCGAUGGGGUCAUGGUGGCCGCCAAUCGCGUGAAUGCCGCUGGGAGCCAGCAGACUGGAGAUGCACUUGGGAAAGCGUUGGCUUCGAUCUACUCACCAGACCACACCAGCAGUAGCUUUCCUUCCAACCCCUCCACCCCGGUUGGAUCUCCGUCACCCCUGACUGUCACAGCAGGUUCUGCGGUCUCAGCAGGUACCAACCAAUGGCCCCGGGGUUCAGCCGGACAGACCUCCUCCUCACCGAAUUACGACAACUCACUGCACUCACUGAAAAAUCGAGUUCAUCAGCAGCUUCAUGAGCAUCUCCAGGAUGCCAUGUCAUUCUUAAAGGAUGUCUGCGAGUCUCGAAUGGAGGAUCGCCUGGACAGACUGGACGAUGCCAUUCUUGUUCUGCGGAACCAUGCCGUGGGCUCCACCACCAGCCUGCCCAGUGACAUACACAGCCUGCUGGGACAAAACGGGCCAAUAGCCGCCCUUGGAGCAAACUUUCCCGCCUCUGGAUUGGUUGCUAGUCGGACAGCAGCAAUGGGUGGUGCUCACCGUGACGAGGCUGGCAGUCUGAACAACAGCCACGGAGGGCCUGCCAGCGUGGGCUCCAUGUCCACCAUUGAACUCAACCACCAAGUGGAAACCUUCAGAGGCCUGGCUGCUGGUCUGGCUGGCCAGGUGGCCGCAGCCUUGGAGCUGAAGGUAGAGAACCAGGACAAAGACGACAUGAAUGACGGCCACUCCUCCGACGACCUGGGGUCUGGAGAUGAGAGCGACAAGAGGGACAUCAAGACUCCCAGAGGAGGCACUCGGACCAGCAGCAUCACUGAGGAUGACGACAACCUGAACCCAGAGCAGAAGGCUGAGCGGGAGCGCGAGAGGAGGAUGGCCAACAAUGCCCGUGAGCGUCUGAGGGUGCGGGACAUCAACGAGGCCUUCAAGGAGCUGGGCCGCAUGGUUCAGCUGCAUCUGAAGAGCGAGAAGCCCCAGACCAAGCUGCUCAUCCUGCACCAGGCUGUCGCCGUCAUCCUCAGCCUGGAGCAGCAAGUCAGAGAACGGAAUCUGAACCCCAAAGCAGCCUGCCUUAAGAGGAGGGAAGAGGAGAAGGUGUCUGGCCAUGGUGUGACUGGAGAGCAGCAGGCCCACCCAGGGGUCCACCCAGGUCUCACUGACACACCCAACCCAAUGGGUCACCACUGAGGAGCGCACAGAUCAAACGGAUCCAGAUCAGUUCUGUAAAAUAGAGUUUGGGCCAUUGCUUCCCAAUGGCAGACAGGACUCACAGUUUGUGACACAAAUUGGAGAUGACAGACCACACAGAAGCUGAACUCCAGACUAAAAGUCCUGAGAUUGAAGAAAAUCCCAUUGUCCAGGUCCCUGUGAUGAAAGCAACACAUUUCUGCCCACAAGAAAACUUCAGCACAUAUCACUGUCUGCAAGCAACGUGUCGCAUCUGAACAAUCAGAGACUGUGGCGAUCUCCUCCACCCUCCUAUGUGGAAGUUUGCCUUGUGCCUAAACUGAAUUGACGAAUGCAUUGUAACAGCAAUUAUGUACUUUUUUAUUUGUAUUAUUUUUUUCUAUUUAUUAUGUUACUGUGCUGUAAAAUCUAUGUCUAAAGGGAAAAUGAUGAGAUUGCUUUGAGAAGCCUGUGGCUUUUCAGGUGAUCUACAGUUUGCCAGUGUCACUAAUAUAGCCCAGCCUUCCUUCAUAACCAGUCUCAGGCUACCCUGAGUUAAGGCAAAGAUACCUUUGAAAUAUACAGAUGAAUAUAUUUGCCAAUUAAGAGUAAUCUUUAUGGCCCAACAGCAAAUGAUUUGGUUGUAUUGAGUGCUCAAAGACUCAUUUAAAAAAUAUAUAUUAUUUAUAGUAUGAUAUUUUAUUCAUUCCGCAAAAAGCAUGUGUAAACCAAAACAACCCACUCAGAGGUCUGUUUGGUAUAGCCUCCAUGUUACUGACAGAAUUAGAUGAAUAGGACUAAAGCUGAGUGGUGUGUAUGAGCUCUACAGUGAAACAGUAGUAUUCUUUACAGACUGUACUAGCCUGAACACUAUAAACUGAUUCACAGGUGACAGAAGAAUGGCGAACUUUACUUUUCCUGAAAUGUCAACUGCGGGCAAUAUAAGGUUUAUUCUCAGUAGUGUGCAGUUUGAGUACCGAGAGCAAACCCUUUACCAACCUUAGCAUUCCCGACAUAUUUCUUAGUGUCUUAAGGAAAAGGGACUUCACUGCCUUUUCAUUCCUUUGCCAUAUAGUGUUAAUGUAAACAAGUACAGUACAUAGUUCCAGUUUGUUUUCUUACCAUAUGGUCCCUGAUUAGUCGAAGAACCGUGAUCAAGCUCUUUGUGAUUGCCUAGUGCUGUCUUUGAGAUCACUUGAUGAAAAGGUGGAAUCAAAUUGACGACCACAACUCAACUGGCCGGAAUUUUCUUUCUGUUGAAAUAACUAAAGAAAACAAAAUUUGCAAUUCAUUUUAAUGUAAUCAAAGUUUAUUUGUAGUUUUCUACAAACCGUUUCUCUAGGCUUUAUAGGAGAGCAAAUGAUGAGCAGAGAGGAGUUUCUAGUUAAAUAGAAAGGCUUUGUUUUGAUCCCAGCAGUGAAGUUGCUGGUUACAGUAAGCCCUGGUGAAGGGGAACUAGACUAGAUGCUUUAUGAAUUCACAUGCUGUUAACCAUCAGAAACAGUUAGUCCUUCAGAGAGGUAUAGUACAACGAUGAACAAACAGUUUUGAGCAGAAUUUUCUUAAUGUUUUCCUUUCUGUUUGAGGAUGAAGAACAGUGGUCACCACGUUUAUUUUAUAUCUGUGUGCAUGCUUUACUUUCCUUCCCUUUUAAGUCUUUUGGUCUUAACUCUUGCUUUAUAUUCCAUUUUCCUUGUAUAGGCUACUGUCUUCCGUUAUUAUCCAUCCUUUAAAACAUUGCUAUCACACCCAGAGACAAGUAUUUUGUUGAAAUAAAGUAGGCCCUAAUAGAACAAAGAAAGCUAUUGAAAACCAUCCCAAUGAGUUUAAGAAAAAUACAUUUGGUUUUACUACCAUUUUCUUUUGGUCAAAACUUGGAAACAUUGUUAUUUUUCUCUGACUGUAUGUGGCCUUUAUUCAUUUCAGUAUUCAUGAGCUUGUAUUCAUGUUACUGGCAGACUUUGAUUGAGGUUAUAAUGUAUGUCACUGCCUGCUCUCUCAUUUCCCCCCAUUUUGUUCUUUUGCUGGCGGUCUCUUUGCUCUUCUGUUGGCUAUGUUAGACUUUGCUGUGUUCUCAGACGCUUUCCCUCGUAUGAUAUAUGAAAAAUGCUGAGAAAAAAAAUGGAAAGAAAAAAAACAUUUGGCUUAUUUUUCACUGUAGUUAGUCUUUUAUACAAUAAUAUUAAUAUUCUAAGAACAUUUCUUGAAUUAUAAAUAUUACUCUUUCUAGAUUUUUGAAAUCGAAAGUUUUGAGUAAAAAGUUUCUUACUUUAUUUUACUAUAUUAGAUAGUAAAAAUGUACGGUUAUUUACCAUAACCUGUCCAUUAUUAUCUGAAACGUACAAAUAGCAUCCUAAAAACAUAGUAGGGUUGUAGCUCGCAGUCUAGUACAUUGAGGUAUUGUACGAGCAGACAUCUUGAUCUUUAGGCUCCAUUGUUGGUGAAUAAAAUAUUUGUACUUGUGUCCAAAAAUUCAAGGUAUUGUUAAUGCACAUCAAAAACCAGCAGCAAGAAAUUUUACUUUCUGUUUCUGUAACAGAAAACAAUAUGUAUAUAACAUUUAUGUAGCAAUAAAUGUGCCAUCUUUUUUAACCAAUUGUAUGUGGAUUUAUUUCCUUCUUUUGAAGUUCUUUUUUCUGUUUCUCCAUCUUUUGUUUUUCAGUUAUUUCCAUGCAAUUUUGUGAUUGUUUUAAGAGAUGCAUUUGGUUGAGCUCAGUACAAGUACAGUACCAUGAUGUUUUCACUUAAGUGAGCUACUGAAGCAGCAACCCUUCCUAGGUUGUCCCCCUCAGAAGACCUUUCUACAGUGGAUCUAGGCCAAAUGAGGAACUCUGGGCAAGACUGUGUUUUAUAGUAUGUUACUCAUUUUUUUAAAACAAUAUCAGUGGACCAUUGUAGUCUGUAUGAAAAGUACUAUGGAAUAUAUGUUUCUAUUUUUAAUAAAGUGUGAUAGCUGCAUACA